GUCGAGUCGGUGCUGGGCUACGGAUACAUUGUCGAUCACCGCAACGGCUCGUCUGUAGGCUUUUGUAUAUUACAGAGCAAAUCGUUCGUGUGUGCAUUGCGCGCGCCCGUCUCGCCGUUGCUCUUCAUAGUUGUGAUAACAGCGUAUCUCCCGACACAAGUUCUGUGCAGAAUAAAGAGUGUGUCGAGUGUGCAAAGCAAGUUGGCAAAGUGUGCUUUUCGUGGACGAGGAAGAAGCGCCAUUUGCGCAACAGUGUAAGUGUGUGAGAGAGACCAGUGAUGCCUCCUCGCCUCCUACUCUUCUCGAUUUGAUUGCCAGCGUCGUCCGGUCGCGCGAGAGGUGUAUCAAGAUAAAAGCAAAGAUGCGUCUCAGAUGACUGUUGGCUUAAUCGACGGCAGAGGUGGCUGAUCUGAGUGCUACAACAGCGAGGCAGCAAGCAUGAGCGAGCUACUGGCAAUGCAGUCGUCGGGCUGCGUCAAUGUGGCAGAGUCAAAGGAUACCCAGGUGACCCAAUUGAAACGAGCCAAGUUGAACGGCGGCGCCGGUGGCAGCAACGUGCCGCUCGUCCACGGCCGUUCAACGCAGCCGGUCAACGCUCGCAAUCGCAUAACUAGCCAUCAGCGAAAUCACAGCCUCGACUUCAGGUCGAUGGGCAUUCUGCUACCACCGGUGCCGCAGGCUACGGUCACCACCUUCACCAUGCACCAUCGAAAUCGAAGUCUCGACUCGGCUUUGCAAAGAAUACCAGAGGUUGACGUUACGCCGAGCCCUGAGUGCGAAAAUAAUCCCACGCCUGCUAUAAAAACUGCUUGCUCCGCUUCUCAAAAUCGAAGUCGCGAGAGGGACGAUUUGGCCAGCCUGGGGUCUGACGAUUCGGGCAUUCUUUGUGGUUCUGAUAGCGGCUCUAGCGAUACUGCCAAUAUCACCACGAGGGAAUCAAGCGUCGAUCACCUUCAUAGUCGAGAAAGCCUGGACUCGUCGUUAUCUCAGACCGGCGACGUAGACAUCGAUGUGGUAGACGGUGAUUUGUGUAAUCUGUCGAUUUCUCCAGUACAACUGGACGACGAACUGACGUUGUCGAAGCAGCAGCAGCACGUAUGCGACAGGCAACCCGAUGCUUCAGAUUUGCAGUUGAAUCAGUUGGAAAUAGCGACAGUGCAGCCGCGCGAUUUGGCCGGUGCCGCGAUGACGUUGUGUUGUGGCACAGGUCAACCUGAAAUCACGCUCGAAACCAAGCUCACGGAAAAAAGGAAAGAAACUGCACAGCAGCCAAAACCCUCUGAAGGCUGCUUACUUAGGUUAUUCGAGAGCCAAGUUUUCGACAUGUCCAUGGCUAUCUCUUAUCUAUUUAACUCCAAGGAGCCUGGAGUUCAAAGCUAUCUCGGUAACAAGUUAUUUAGUUUUCCCAAUAGCGACAUCGACUUUUACCUACCACAGUUGGUUUUAAUGUACAUACAGUUACACGAUGUUACGGAAGUUCUGUAUCCAUAUCUCCUUCAUAGGUGUAGGCAUUCGGUAGAUUUUUCAUUAAAGUGCGCAUGGUUGCUAGACGCUUACAGUUCAGAUGCUCCAAUGCAUUCGAAAAAGAAAUCCGACGGGACCAAGUUAAAGAAUCUGAUUCUUUCGGACGAGCUGAGACCAAAAGCAAAACAUCAUCGUCCGUCUGGAUCUCAAUUGUCCGCUAUUCCUCCGCUCUCGUCAAUUUACUCGGCAGCAUCACCAAUGAAGAAAACUCACCAAAGAUCUCAAUCUGAUGCCACUGGACUCUUUCAAAGUCUACGCCGUAGCCAUUCCGGUUUGACAAACAAGGUUAGCCUUGGUGACCUAGGGUCUGGUCGAGCCUUUGACAAUGGAUGUACCUGCUUUGAUUCCUGCCAAGGAGUGGUAAAUGAUUUACGAGGUCAGAAGACUGACUGCGUCUGCAGUGCACCUAGGCUCGCACCAGAGCUGGAGUUCAUUCGAGCGCUAAUUAAGAUUGGGAAGCUACUUGGGACAAUCCCUACGAAAGAAGGCAAAACGGUUCAACUUGUUGCGGAGCUGAAUACUUUAAACCUCAAUCUACCGGCUAGAGUGUGGCUACCACUGCACGCGGCUGUGCCACAUCACAUUGUUCGGAUACCUCCUCAAUAUGCGGCAGUUCUCAACAGCAAAGACAAAGCUCCUUAUAUCCUAUAUGUAGAAGUUCUUGAAGUAGACGACUUGUAUACAUCGCCAGUGCCAACAAAAAUAAUCUGGAACUCUUUAAGACACACGAAAUCCGAGGAAAAUUUGCAGGGAGUUGAGUCUGAAGUAACAAACGAUGUGCCAAGAGAAAAAAGCGAACAGCCGCAGCAGCAGCAGCAGCAGCAGCUUCAGCAAUCUUCUCCGGUAGCAAAACAAACCCCAGUUCGAACAGGUUGUUCACGUAAUCCUGACGUAACGUUCCACUUCAUUGACGACGAUCCAAACGACUGUUGGAGUCAAGAGGACGACGAGAUCACGCAACAAUAUCUGCAAUUACACAAAUCUAAAGAUAAGGACACAAUAUCGGAAAUGAGCCAAGAAUCUUCAGAUAGUCGAGAACGAGUAUUUGUUCCUGGCGACGUCAGGAGGCGAAUUGUUGAGGCGGCUAAUGCGCCUAAAGCCACUUGCAGACACGAUCCUGAAGAUCCGUCCGCUGCUGUAUUGAAGGAGCCAUGGGAACAGAAACAAAAGAGAAUACGGAAUGCAAGUCCGUAUGGUCACUUAGCGUCGUGGCGCCUUCUCGCGGUUAUUGUUAAGUGUGGCGAUGAUUUGCGACAAGAAUUACUGGCGUCUCAACUUCUCAUGAUGCUUCAAAAAGUCUGGCAGGAGGAGCAAUUACCAUUGUGGCUACGCCCGUAUAAGAUUUUAUGCUUGUCGAAUGACAGUGGACUCAUUGAACCUAUACUCAAUACCGUGUCGCUGCAUCAACUAAAAAAACUUAACUGUCAGAUGACCCUACUGCAAUACUUUGAACAAGAAUUCGGACCUCAGGAGUCGGAGCCCUUCCUUAUCGCACAAAAAAACUUCGUACAGAGUUGCGCGGCAUAUUGCCUUGUCAGUUAUUUAAUUCAAGUUAAGGAUCGACAUAAUGGUAAUAUUCUGCUGAGUAGCGAAGGUCAUCUCAUCCACAUUGAUUUCGGUUUUAUGCUAUCGAUUUCUCCUCGAAAUCUUGGCUUCGAAACCAGUCCGUUCAAACUGACACCUGAAUUUGUCGAAGUAAUGGGAGGCAAAAAUUCGACAAUGUAUAAAGUAUUCAAGACGCUUAUUCUACAAGGAUUAAUAGCCUCAAGGAAACACAUGGACAAAAUUGUUAAUCUUGUUGAAAUAAUGAUAUCAGGAGCUCAGUUGCCAUGUUUCCGAAAUGGUGGUGCGUCAACCGUCCAGAGUUUUAAGAAUCGAUUUUGCUUGUCUUUUACUGAAGAUCAGGUACGGAAACACGUGGACGACUUGGUGGAAGGAAGCUUGCGCUCAUGGUCAACGAAACUCUACGAUCAAUACCAGUACUUCGCGAAUGGCACGCUUUAAACAAAUCUAAAGUAAAGAAAACAAGAACAUUAAUUUCGAUUGUCGUCUCCGCCGAUAUUUCUAUAUGUAGAAGCAGUAUCUAAAUUUUAUAAGCGCUUCUUUCGAAACAAAAUAUACUUCAUAACAUUCCAGAGGCGUAAAAGCUGUAUUGAGUAUUCAACAGUGGCUGAAGACUGAAAAUAUUUAGUAUUUCGAUAUUGUUACGAUUCUAGCGUCUAAAACAAAACAAAGCAACUAAAUAAACAAAUUUACAUUUUUGGUCGAAAUAAUACAGAAGAAAUACGUAUUAAUUAUCGGUAAAUUGAGUGAUCGACGGUCAAAACCAGAAAUAAAAUUAACACGAUCAACGGUAGUUUAAGCAAGUGUCCGUUUUUGUUACGUAGACUUUGAUAUGUAUGAGGUUUUACGGACAAAUUGAGAGAUAAGAAAUGUACAUUAUGCUACAAAUUCGAUACAAGUACGCGAAUCAGUAGCAUCGUAGUUAUAAACUGCUGCUGACGGAGUAAUUUGUUGAAGAUGCCUUAUAAAUAGAAAAAAGUAAAUGAAACCGAUGAGACGGAUAGUAGAAGUGCGAUGUAUUGAAUCGAUCGUAGUUGUACAGAGGACAAUCCGUAAUUUGUGUACACACGCACACACUUACUCACACACAUACACACACACGCGUGCGCGCGCGCACAUACAUACGUAUGCAUGUAUGUAUGUAUGGAGAAAUUCAUUAGCUUGUAGAUAUAAAUUCGAUUUAAAGUGACUCGAUGAGAGUAUAUAAAUGCGCGACAAAGUGAGAGAGAGAGAGCGAGAGGGAUGAAUGAAUGAAUAGCACAGCAACCCUUAUUUACAGAGCGACGAUACAUGAGUCGCUGGAGGCGAAUACUCAAAUUAUUUCCUACUUUAUAUAUGUAUAAGUAACAAAAAACAAGAUGAACGUUAAUUCUGCUAUCUACGGGGAACGACUAAUUCCAGCAGUAAUAGCGGUUAACUCCACCGGAUUUUUUAAAUAAGCGAAGGACCGUAAGUUUUUAUAUGUUCUUAAUAAUAAUACAUAAUUUCCAUAGUCGUUAUUAAAUCAUAGAAGCGCCAAGACACGCAUCUUAGUUUGGAAAGAAAAACAAAACAGACGAUUAAUGAAGACGAACAAAUAAGUAAUAAAACCACCGGAAUGCAUUAUCGUGUAAAUUUUCGAGCGGAUAAAUUAUGCUAUUGUAAAUAUAUUAUUGAAACUCAUUGUUUAGCAUGUAAUUGCAGCUAAAUGUGCAUAAAGCUUAAGCAAAGUUACGGGAGGACAAGUCCAAGUUAGCCUUGUUGUAAAAGGUGUCUUAUGAAGAGCCUCGCCGUAACUUCAAGUGUCUUAUCUAUCUUUCUUCUGUCUUUGUUAUUUCAUCGAUCGACAGACAGACCAGCAAUGUUGUUGUAACGGCAAGUGUGUACCACUAAGGCUUCAAAUAAAGAAACAAAAUUAAUAUUUAAAAUGAAACAAAACGAGGGAGACAUGUUCCUAUUUUUUCGUGGAUAAAAAGUCUUCUCGCAACGCAAAUUUUUGUCACUUCGUUAUGUUUCUGGUCUGCCUUCGUUCUUUUGCCUCAUUACAAGAUAUUAAUGACAUUCAAUACCGAAUAAAUAUAAAUC